AUGGCCCAAACAUUCGACGUCACUGCUCUUCGCAAGCACUUUCCAGCUUUGGACAAGAAACAAGUGUAUUUUGAUAAUGCAGGUGGAAGUCAAGUCAUCAAAGAGGUGAUUGAUUCUGUCUCUGAAUAUCUGUCCGGCACGAAUGUACAAUUGGGUGCUUCUUACCCAGUAGCUCAAAAGUCGACCAAUCUCUUCGCAGCAGGAAAGGACUCUGUUGCCAAGUAUAUAAAUGCUACAUCGGAUGAAGUCGUACUCGGCCCCUCAACGACUCAACUUUUCCGCAAUCUUUCUCUAGCACUUUAUGAACAUCUGACACCUGGUUCGGAAAUCAUUCUCUCCAAGCUAGAUCAUGAAGCGAACGUCGCUUCGUGGCUGCAGAUGGCCGAGUGGAGGAACCUGACUGUGAAAUGGUGGGAUGCAACCGACAAGCAAAACCCGAAGCUUGAAUGCUCUGUCCUGAAGACUUUGCUCUCAGACAAGACCAAACUAGUCUGCUGUACACACACAAGCAACAUUCUCGGCACCAUCAGCGAUAUCAAGCAGAUUGCCAAGACCGUCCAUACCGUACCUGGUGCUUUGCUGUGCGUAGAUGCAGUGGCUUAUGCACCACACAGACAAGUCGAUAUGCGAGACCUGGAUGUCGAUUUCUACUGCUUCUCAUGGUACAAGGUUUAUGGUCCACAUAUCGCCAUGCUCUAUGCAAAACAGUCGAGUCAAUCAAAGCUGCAAUCUCUAGGUCAUUAUUUCAAGGGCUCGGCUUCGCUAGAAGACAAACUCGGUCUUGCGGCUGCAAACUACGAACUUACUGCAUCCAUCCCGGCGGUCUGCGAAUACCUAUCGCAGAUUCCUUGGCAAGCAAUCGCGAGUCAUGAAGAAAAGUUGCAGGGUAUUCUGAUUGACUACCUCAACUCGAGAAGCGAUGUCAAGAUCUGGGGUGAGCCUGUCGCAGAUGCUGCAAAGCGUGUCCCUGUAAUCAGCUGGACUGUCGAUGGACGCAGCAGUAAGGACAUUGUUGAAGCUGUCGAGGCAAAGAGUGACUUUGGCUUCCGCUGGGGCGCUUUCUACUCGAACCGCUUGGUCCAAGAAGUCUUGGGGCUGGAUCCUGUAGACGGUGUCGUCAGAGUCAGUCUGGUGCACUAUAAUACUGAGGACGAGAUCAAGCAAUUUGUAAAGGUACUGGAUGAGGCGCUCUCCAGUUAG